AUGAUUGCAUCUCAAAAUGGACACGACAACGUGGUAGAGAUUCUAAUUAAAGCUGGAGCAGACUUAAACCAUUUGAACGAUGAUGGAUGUAAUUCCUUAAUGAUUGCAUCCAUAAAUGGGCACGACAAGGUGGUAGAUAUUCUAAUUGAAGCUGGAGCAGACAUAAACUAUGUAAAAAGAGAUGGAUAUAAUGCCUUAAUGAUUGCAUCUCAAAAUGGACACGCCAAGGUGGCAGAUAUUCUUAUUAAAGCAGGAGCAGAAAUAAACUAUGUAAAAAGAGAUGGAUAUAAUGCCUUAAUGAUUGCAUCUCAAAAUGGACACAACAAGGUGGUAGAUAUUCUUAUUAAAGCAAGAGCAGACAUACAUCAUGUGGAAGAUGAUAGAAAGAAUGCUUUAAUGAUUGCAUCUGAAAAUGGACACGACAAGGUGGUAGAUAUUCUUAUUAAAGCAGGAGCAGACAUAAAUCAAGUGGAAGCUGAUGGAUGGAAUGCAUUAAUGAUUGCAACUCAAAAUGGACAUGACAAGGUGGUGGAAAUUCUUAUUGAAGCAGUAGCAGACAUAAACCAUGUAAAACAAGAAAGAUGUAAUGCCUUAAUGAUUGCAUCCAAAAAUGGACAAUACAAGAUAGUAGACGAUAUAACAAAAUUUGGAACAGACAUAAACCAUGUAAAUGAAAAUGUUCACGACACACUAUUUUCUGGUGAUGGGAAAAAUGAGACUGAAGAUUACCUCAAUACAUUUAGCUUAACAAGGACUCUAUUGUUGAAAAGGGACAAGAUGUUACAUCUCUCCACUGUGCAAUUAAUUGAUUUGUGUUUUUUUGCAUUUGAAAAAAAGCACAAACAUGUUAUUGAUAUGUUAUCUUCAAAGAACUUUAAAAUUUUCGAUAACAUGACAUCAACAUCGUUGUUUUAUUAUGUUAUAUUUUUAUUUCAAAAAGCACUAAAUCAAGAUGUACAAAACGACACCAAAAACGAACUGAGCGACUCAACCGUCAGUGCACAAAACGACGCAGAUGUCGUCAACUUUAAAAGAUCCAUCGAUUGUUAUGUACAGAUUGUUCUUCUCUCUCACAACAAUCAGGCACCAACCCUAGAUGAAUUACUGGAAUAUACAACAGAAAUAAUGGCGGAAUAUACUAGCUUGGAAGCGUUUGGACAAUUGCCGUUUUUUAUCUACCAAAAAGCUUUGAAAAUGAUAGACACUGUCAUUCGUGCAAAUUAUAUCGAUAAACUUAUGACUUUAUUCCAAACACUUCGUGAACACAAGUAUCCAGAAAAAACAGUUUCAUAUUUGAAAGAAAAAAACCUGCUUGAUCCAAAAGAGCAAGGCUUUUACCUUUCCUUAACUCGUGAUAUGUUGAGGAUGUUGUUGAGCGGCAGUGACGAAAGCUCAGAUUUUGCUCAGACAUUGGCUACAAAUGGUGCUGUGGACGUGUUUACCAAUAUUAUCGUCUUAAAUAGUAUAAUUAAUAAUUCACAGUCAAGAUACGUAACAUGCGAACUGAUUAUGAUUUUACACAAUAUUGCCCGUAGAAAAGGAACAAAGGAGUUAGUCUUCUUUGAAAAAUUAAGAAAGACACUGAAGGCUCUUAACCUUCCUAAUGUCUAUGAUUCACUAGUACAGAAGAUGUUGCUGUCUCUUAUUGUUGAAGAUUCCGAUAUUAUUUCUACAACAACUGACGAAAUUCAAACUGCAAUUGAUUACAUAAAAAAUGCUGCAAAAAGCCCAAAUAGAAAAUACAACGGUGCUCAUCUUUCAGAGUUACUUCAAGGACUCGCUAAAUUUGCUAAAUACCCACCAGCAUGUAAUCAGAUUCUUCCUUUGCUGGACAAGUUGAAAGAUUUUCUAACUGGUGAAGACCUGGAGCAGCUGGAAUACACAACUGAAUGUUUGAAAGAAAUGAGUAGAGAUAUGGAGGCCAGUAAACAAAUAUUAAACAAUAAAGAUAUCACAAACCGCUUAACACACCUGAAUUUUUCAGGAAACAUUGACAUUUCAGCCAAUGUCAACUCUAUAUUUUGGAGAUCAGGACGAAAUACAGGAAUUUUGUUAAAUGAACUAGAUAAAGUGUUAUCUGAUGAUUUUCCUAAGGAAUUUACUGUAAAAAAGGAAACGUUAGGACAAGGAGCGUUUGGUACUGUACAUCUUGUCAGAGAUAGAAGUAGAAAACAUGAACACAAAUUCGUCGCCAAAAAAAUUGACUUAAGGGAACAAGCAAAUAUUGCUACACUGAACAAGAAAUUUACGGAAAAUGAAACUUCCUUUACGUCAAAACAACUGGGUCUACUAACAGACAAGGACAAUAUCGUGGAAAGAGAGGAAAUAAAAAAAGUAAAACGGAGUAUAAAAGAAAGAUUAAUACCAGCGGUAAGAGGGGACGAUAAACAACUAUCUGAUUGGCCACUUUCUGUACUGCUUCAAGGACUAAGUAAAUUUACUGAGCGAGAUGAAUAUUUGAACGAGAUUUUACCACUUGUUCCACGCCUAAAAGAAAUUCUUUCACACGAAGAUAUAGAAGAAAUUAUAUUUACUACACAAUGUUUUAGAGAGUUGAGUAGAUUACCUAAAGCAAGUGAACAAAUAAUAAAAGACGAAACAUUAAGUGAUUUGUUAAAUACAGCAUUAAGCAGAGGCCACAAGGAUAUCUCAGCAAAUGUACAUUCUAUUCGUUGGAGAUCUGGGCGUGCUACAGGAAUGUUGCCAUCCAAAGCAGACUUUGUAGUUUCUGAGGAGUUUCCCAAAGAAUUUAAAAUUGAACCGAGCACGUUAGCCCUGAGUGGUUUUGGUAGAAUUCAUCUCGUCAAUGAUAUAAAUGAGCCAAAAGAUGUGAAAUUUGUUACAAAGAAAAUGUGCAAAAAAAUAAGUGGAACACGGAAAGAUAUGGAAAGUUUUCAAAAAGAAGCGUCGAUAUUAAUUAGACUCAAGCACGAGAGGAUUGUACAAUUUCACGGAUUUCAAAAGACAGAAAAUGAAUUAUUUUUAUUUUUGGAGUUUGUUAAAAUGGGCACACUUUCGGCGUUUAUCAAACAACACACAAUUCUAAACGAAGAUGUGACACGAAGGUUUACAGUGCAAAUUCUUGAAGGCGUGAAAUAUUUGCACGAAAAUAAAGUUUUACAUUUGGACAUCAAAGGUAAUAAUAUUUUGAUGGCUGACGAAGCAAAUAUUAAACUAACUGACUUUGGACUGUCAACAAUCGUAAAUGAAGAAGGUGUUGAAGCAGAAAGGGGCACAACUCGAUACAUGGCUCCAGAGAUGAUUAACUGCCCUGAAGGGAGAAUAUUUAAACACGCAUCUAGUCUUGAUAUAUGGAGUGUGGGCUGUACUGUUGUAGAGAUGAUAACAGGAUCACCACCCAAUGCUACAACAACAUCAGUCCAAGUACUUUUUAAAGUGGCGAUGCUACAAAAACCAAAAUAUGAAUUACCAGAGACAGCAUCAGAAUACCUGAAGGAAUUUUUAGAAAAGACAUUUAAAGAAAAAGCAGCAGAACGACCAUCAGCAGAAACUUUACUGAACGAAGAUCCGUUUGUAGCUGGUAAAAUGCUUAAUUUGAAUCAGAAGAACACCAUUUAGAUCAUGAACGAUGUAAUUAUAAAUAUUAUGUUGUAUGCUUUGAGUUAUUUUUCAUAUGAUACAUGUCUUUAUGGCAUAUUUAUAAAUUAAUUUAAAAAUGUAAUUGCUUGCAAAAAAUAUUUUAUGUUAGUUUUUUUUUUUUAUUAAGCGUGAUUUUGUAUAAACUAAUGCGCGCACGUCGCCAGUUUAUUGUUCUAAUGGUAGAGCAAAAUGUAUUACAAAUAUAAUAGGGUUAAAAAUAAAAAUCAUGUACUCAUUAUUCAAUGUAAAAUAAUAACUCAAAAGACAUCGCAGUUUCACAAAGCACACCAUACACUAUUUAACUUUUUAUAUAAUUGAAUUGGCAUUUACGCAUCACACGUAAUCUAAUUUGCUAGAGAUUUUAAUCCUGUUUAAGAUUGCAGUUAUAUUCUUUGAAUUUAUUAGCGACAUUUAAAAACUGGUAUGUUUCGUAAAGCUUACUUUCCUAAAAAUAUUUAGUUACUUAUAAUGCAAGUAGUUGUUCUGAAAUAUCUUUAAAUUAAAUGUUUCGAACCCAAAUAUUCUACAAACAUAAACAAAUGUCAUUAUUUAAAUGUAUUGCAGCAAGAUUGUUUUCUUGUGCAAUUUACCAAACGCAUCAAUUAAAAGUAGCUUAUAUUGUUUUAUUGUACAAAAUGUGUAUGUGUUGUUCAAUAAAUGUGUGACUUGAUCAGGGCUCUUCUGUGUUUGAAACACCUAUGGUCUAGUCAGACCGUCAACAUUUACACAAUUUGUAGGUGUAUCUUUAAAAAAUUAUAUUAUAUAUAGACUCUCGUAAAUAAGAGCUGUAGCAUAUUAUUAUAUGUGUUGUGUUUUAAUUUUAUAACACUGAUAAUAAUGUUGUAAAGUACAUAAGCAGUGAAUUAAUUUGUGCAUAACUUUGUCAUUUAAAAUUUUACUAUUAUGUUGUAUAUGUUAUUUUCACUAUAUAAUUAAGUAUUUCAUGAG